CUUCUCUCUCAGACAUGAUCAUGGUUCAUCAGCACAUCAUACAUAGCUGUCAUGUAUGGAACAAUCAUGAUGAGUCUCCAACCAGGCCCGAAAGUGUAAUUGCAUCAUUUAUCACUGAAAACUGAAGGAGUAUCCUUCUAUUAAAGCUAAAGGGUAUUCUUGUCAUAACAAAAGGAAGAAAAAGAAAGUAUGCGUGGAGAGAGAAAGAGAUUUGAAGACUGAGCUUUACUUUAUCUCCUAAUUCGAGCUUUAAAUUUCUGUUAUCCAACAACUGCUUUUUCCAAUCACCAUUCCCACAAACCCUCUCUGCUUUUCUUUUUUUAUCCUACCUUUGAUUAAAGAAGUCCAUGAUAGAUAGACAUACAUAGAGAUAUAGCUAACCAUCAGCGCAGUUUUAGUAGCAAUAUAACACAGCUAUAACCUUCUUCUCCUCCGAGAGAGAAAAGGAAAGUAAAGCAAAGGGAGAAAAGGAAAGGUUUAUCUCCUUCCUUGAAUUUGAAGUCUCUUUCUUUCUUUUGAAGAUGAUUGAUGCUUCAAAUUUAUACACAUUUGAAAUACCUCAGAUUCCUUCUUUUCUCAAAAAAAGCAUUGUUGUCCUAGCUCUUAAACUCAACAGACUCAUCCUCAACUCCUCCCAACCUCUGUUUCCUUGACAGAAAAUUUUCCAAGAGAAUAUGGUGCCUGUUUACAUUUUACUAACUUUGUUCUCUCUAGUGGGUACCUCUCUUUCAUUUUCUCUUACUACUGAUUUCCAAGCCUUACUCACUCUAAAGGCAGGGUUCGAAUUUGCCCAACCUGCAUUAAGCAGCUGGAACGCUUCAGACCCAAGGUCAGUUUGUUCAUGGGUCCGAAUCAAAUGCUUUGAAGGGAGGGUUUCUUCGCUCGAUUUAUCAGACAUGAACCUCUGCGGCUCUGUUGCACCUGUUCUUUCCAGCCUCGAUAGGCUCAGAGAACUUUCCCUUGCUGGGAACAACUUCACCGGUGAGAUUAACAUUGCAAACUUGAGUUCACUUCAAUUUCUGAACAUAUCAAUAAAUCAUUUUACUGGCAGCCUUGAAUGGGACUAUUCAAGUCUUCCAAGCUUGGAGAUUAUGGAUGCUUAUGAUAAUAACUUUAAAACUCCUCUACCUCUUGGGAUUUUGUCACUGAAGAAGCUUAGGCAUUUGGACUUGGUGGGGAACUACUUCUAUGGCGAGAUUCCGCAACGUUAUGGCGAUAUUGUGUCCUUAGAGACCUUGUCGUUGGCUGGAAACGAUCUGAAUGGGAAAAUUCCAGGUGAAUUGAGCAAUCUGACCAACUUAAAGAAACUUGAGUUGGGUCACUACAAUGUUUUCGAAGGUGGCAUUCCAAGAGAAUUGGCCAAACUAGUGAAUCUAGUGUACUUAGAUCUUUCAGCUUGUGAGUUGGACGGUUCGAUUCCGCAUGAGCUGGGAAAUUUGAGGUCCCUAGAAUCACUUUAUUUGCAUACUAAUAUGCUUUCCAAUACAAUUCCUAAGCAAUUGGGAAAUCUCACCAACUUGGUCAAUCUUGAUCUUUCCAACAACGUGCUCACCAGGGAAGUCCCUUACGAGCUUUCCAAUCUCAAGCAACUCAGGCUUAUGAACUUGUUUAUGAAUAGGCUACAUGGGUCAAUACCUGACUAUGUAUCAGACUUGCCCGAGUUAUCUUUUCUCAAUUUGUGGAUGAAUAACUUCACCGGAAUGAUCCCUGCAAGUCUUGGUCAAAAUGGGAAGUUGAAAGAACUCGAUUUGUCAUCGAACAAGCUUACUGGUACUAUCCCUUCUCACCUGUGUGAUUCAAAUCAACUUACGAUUUUGAUUCUCCUAAAGAACUUUCUGUUUGGCCCGAUUCCGGACAGCUUGGGACAUUGCAUGAGCCUUGUUAGGGUAAGGCUAGGGCAAAACUACUUCAACGGUAGCAUCCCCAUUGGCUUUAUUUACCUGCCCGAGUUAAAUUUACUUGAGCUCGAAAGCAAUUAUUUGUCUGGAACAUUGUCCGAAAACCCUGACUCAAAUUCAAAGCCAGAUAAAUUGGGUGAACUGAACCUUUCAAACAAUCUUCUAUCCGGUUCUUUACCAUUUUCCAUUUCAAAUUUAUCUUCUCUCCAAAUUCUCCUUCUUAGUGGGAACCAGUUCUCUGGUCCAAUACCCCCUUCCAUAGGAGAACUGCAACAAGUCCUAAAGCUUGACCUAAAUGGGAAUAUGCUUACCGGAGAAGUCCCACCUGAAAUUGGGAAUUGUCAACAUCUCACCUAUCUUGACUUGAGCAAAAACAACCUCUCUGGCUCAAUCCCAUCUGAAAUCUCCAAUAUUCGGAUAUUGAAUUACCUAAACUUGUCAAGGAACCACUUCAAUGAGGUCAUACCUAAAUCAAUUGGCCUGAUGAAAAGCCUAACAAUAGCAGACUUCUCCUUCAAUGAUCUGUCUGGAAAUCUUCCGGAGUCUGGUCAAUUUGCCUUCUUCAAUGUCACAUCCUUUGCAGGGAACCCUAGACUUUGUGGACCACUCCUCAACAAUCCCUGCAACUUCACAUCAUUCACAAAACCAACCAGGAAGACCUCGGCAGAGUUCAAGCUAGUAUUUGCACUGGGCAUGUUACUUUGCUCCCUGGUUUUUGUUGCUGCAGCCAUAAUCAAGGCUAAAACUUUCAAGAAAAGCAACACAUCUUCCUGGAAAAUGACCACCUUCCAGAAGGCGGAGUUCACAAUCUCAGACGUCCUGGAAUGCAUGAAAGAUGGCAAUGUCAUCGGAAGGGGAGGAGCUGGAGUUGUCUACCAUGGGAAAAUGCCUAAUGGAGUCGAAAUUGCAGUCAAGAAGCUACUUGGAUUUGGUACUGCUAGCCAUGAUCAUGGAUUUCGAGCUGAGAUUCGAACGCUAGGCAACAUCAGACAUCGAAACAUAGUAAGAUUACUAGCCUUCUGUUCAAACAAGGAAACGAACUUACUGGUCUAUGAGUACCUGCGUAAUGGGAGCUUAGGAGAUACUCUUCACGGGAAGAAAGGAAGCAUUCUGGGAUGGAGAUUGAGAUACAAAAUUGCCAUGGAAGCGGCGAGUGGGCUCUGCUAUCUUCAUCAUGAUUGUUCGCCGUUGAUCGUGCACAGAGACGUGAAAUCGAACAACAUUCUUCUGAAUUCCAACUUUGAAGCCCAUGUCGCCGACUUUGGACUGGCCAAGUAUCUCGCCGGCGGCGGUGCAUCGGAAUGCAUGUCGGCGAUCGCAGGUUCUUAUGGGUAUAUAGCGCCUGAAUAUGCAUACACAUUAAGAGUAGACGAAAAGAGUGAUGUUUAUAGCUUCGGAGUUGUUCUCUUAGAACUAUUAACGGGAAGGCGCCCUGUGGGUGAGUUCGGAGAUGGUGUCGACAUUGUACAAUGGGUCAAGAAAAUUACUAGUGGGCGAAAAGAGAGAGCUUCUCAUAUUGUCGAUCCGAGAUUGAUGGCCACGAUUCCCCAAGACGAGGCUUCGCACCUACUCUUCGUUGCUAUGUUAUGCGUUCAAGAGAAUAGUGUCGAAAGACCAACAAUGAGAGAGGUCAUUCAAAUGUUAUCGGAACUUCCUCGUCAUUCCCCGCAACAUUGUCAAUCUUCAUCGUCGUCAAGUGUUUGUAACACAGUUGAAUGUCUUGAAAAAAUCGAGUUUAGUCCUAAGAUAAACAAAGAUUCGCUUGUUUGAGAGACGAACAAACUUCAAUCUUUGAUAGUUUAUUGUUUUUCUUAAUAAUGUCUUCAAAGAGGUUGAAUUUCAUGAUGCCAUAGUUUUAUUUUACUUAUUAUUUUUUAGUUGAUGCAACUAUUAGAAGUAAAAACUAAUUAUAUGGGACUAAAAUAGAUAGAAGGGUUUUUCAAUACAAUGAGAAUGUGUAUUGUUUUGUGUAAUAUGUAUUAUAUGGUGUAAAUGCUUAUUCUAUA